AAACUAGCACCUCCAACUUAAUUUGCAAUUGAAGUCAAUUUGCUUGUACAUAUUUAUGACACAUGUUCCUCAUUUACUUUUGACUUCACUUUCAAUCACAGAAAAAAUUGGCCUAAGUAGUGUUGAGAUUAGUGUUUACUUGCAUCCAUCAUCAGCAAUCAAACAAAAGUGAUGAUGAUGGUGAUGGUGAGAUCUUCAAUCAUCAUAUUGGUGGUUUCCAUUUUGAUAUGUGUGACAGUUGCUGCAGUUGCAGAGAAACAAGAGAACAAGUUGUUGACGGUGUACGAGGUUCUUGAGUCUUAUGAUUUUCCGGUGGGGCUUCUUCCAAAAGGUGCGACGGGGUACGAGCUAGAUGAAAGGAGUGGGAAGUUCACGGUGUAUUUUGAGGGAACCUGCAUCUUCGGGAUCAAGUCUUACGAUCUCAGGUACAAGUCCAUGAUCAAGGGAGUGAUCUCCAGAGGGAAGCUUGCGAAGCUGAGGGGAAUCAGCGUGAAGAUUGAGCUGGUUUGGCUCAGAAUCACCGAGGUUACCCGCGACGGCGAUGACAUCCAUUUCUAUGUUGGUGUUGCUUCAGCUGAUUUUGGUGUUGAUAGCUUUCUGGAAAGCCCUCAGUGUGGAUGUGGAUUCAAUUGCAAUGGUUUCCGUAGAAAUGGUAGUCUUUCUUCUGUUUAGUUACAGAUCUUUCAUUGUUGUGUUUUUGGGGUCUUUAAUCAUCAAUUUCAUGGAUCAAGGGUAUGUAUGGUGUUUGGCUGCAACCUUGAAUUGAGACAUUUUUUCUAUUGGACGGAUGUUAUCGUAGAACAUUUUAAUAUUCUUCCCACAAAUGUCUUUACCGGGAUUUGAACUAGUGAUGUCAUUCUUAUAGGUCUAACUUGUUCAUCACUAGGCCAAUUGCAAAUCAAUGUAACUACCAUUGCUCUA